ACACACACACACACACACACACAUUAUCAGACCUGCGUCUCAUGUGUGACAGCAUGUUGCUAAAAGAAACUUAAACCGUAAAUGACAUCAAGAAAGCUAUGAUCUAUACCUCUAUCUCUAUAUAGAUGUAUCUAUAUAGAGAUAGAUAUAUAUCUAUAUAGAUAUAGAUACAUGCUGUGACUGUCCUCGAGAGGAAAGAAGGACUCUUAGGAGAGAGGAUGCAAGAUGAUGGAAGAAUAAAACGAUAAAACAUUUUCACUUUUAUCUUUACUGCCUCGUGUCACGUGACGGCCGCUUUGCAUCAGUCGCUUCCUCCUCUCCUCUCUCCUUGCCUCCUCUCUCCUGGCUGAACGCUGCUCCUGGUAACAGCUGUUUGCUCUCCAGUCAGCGAGCUGACACCACAGAAGAAGAAGAAGGGUUUAGCUUGUUUGGUAGUUGUUAUCUUUAACAUUUAGCUUCCUAAUGAUGAAGAUCUUCAGAUGUCAGACUGGGUGAUGGAUUAUGAGUUCUUCUGGACGACUUCUCCUCAUUCAACGGUUCGUAUGAAGCUUUGAUCCAAACGUUAAUCCUAGAAAUCUAUAAAAUAAGAAAAAACAAGUUUCUUUGAAUGUUUUCAGAAGAUUCUGGAGGCAGAAAGUCCCUAGAACCUCAAAUUAUGCAAAUGACCAUCAGUCCGCUGAAGCAUCUUCGCGACUGCUCCUCAUGAUGUCACAACGUCCCAGUUCAUUUAUCUGAGCUUGAGGAUGAAGUUCUGUCAUCCAGCUCACCUGGAGAAGAGGUGAAUUGUGUUGAUGCAAAUGGAGAGAUGGUGGAUUCAAACCGCUGUGUGCUUCCUGCCUGCUGUGGAUCCCCAGAGAGACCAGGAAUCGAACCGCCAACCUCCACUAGUGCUGACUCCUCUGGUCUCUGUGGACCCCUUUGGUGAUCCCAUGAACACUCGUGAGGAUGAAUGAAAGGAAAGACAGAGUACUGAAGGAACGGCUCACUUCUGUAGUCCUGUGGUUCUGGUCCACUGGUUCUGGUCCUGUGGUUCUGGUCCUGUGGUCUGGCUCCACUGCUCCUCUGGUUCUGGCUCUGGUCAUGUGGUAUUCUGGUUGUGUGUUCUGGUGGUUCUGUGCGCACUCGGGGGAACUCUUUGGUUCCUAUCGUCAUGGCGAUGUGGAAGCAGGAUCUAUUGAUUACUGAUCGACUGCAGCUCAGUCUCAGUGUUUGGUUGAUGUUCUUCUUCUCGCUCUUUACUUGAAGCUGGAGGCCACCUGGAGACGACGACGAGAAGAAGAAGAAGAGGAACCUUUGGGAUCCGAUGACCUGCUGGAGGAGGGGCUUGAUUAAGAUGGGUGUGUGAGGGCCUUUGGCUCCGCCCACAGCCACACCAGAUGUGAAGCCUCGUCCACCAUGUGACUACCCCUCCCCCCUCCUCCUCUACCACCACCACCACCAACUACUUUCUGUAGACAUGGAGCCCUUAAUCUCCGACCCCCCGCUGUCCCCCGACACCCGACGGAGACCCGGCCUCCAUCACUACCCGGGACUCAAUGGGCCCCUCUACCCGCUCAUGUCCAGGUGCAAUAGCAGCACCCUGCUCACUAACCUGGGGCUGAGGUACUGCUCCGGCCGGCCGGGUCCUCUGGGUCCGGCUCCGGGCCCCUGCUGCUACGCGGGAGGCAAGCGGCCCUACAGGAGCAUGGAGAACCUGAACUGGAAUGCUGUGGCGGAUUCUGGCCUGUGCAGGUUCAGCGGCGCCCCCUUCGGGAGCAUGGACAGCGAGUUCAUUCUCCACUACACCUCCAGCAGCCACUGGUACGAUGGGCCCCCGGACGGGUCCAUGACAGGGGCCCCCGGACCGGUCCCGGACGACGAGGGCCCGGCGUUUUACCCUCGACUUGCACCGCCCAGGAAGGACCUGCCGAUCUUCCCUCAGCUGCUGUUUCCUGUUGGUGUCGACAACUGGGACGCCAGGAAGGGCCUGAGGGAGAAGCUCCGCCUCCACAGCGCCAGGUCGUCCGCAGAGCAUCUGAAGCCCCUCCCACUGCGGCCUCCGGCGACCUCACCCGUGGCUUUAACCCCUGCCGCACCCAGGCCGCCACACUUGACGUGCCUCACCAGGGGGGAGCUCAAGCGGGAGGUCUUAAGGCGCCUGCAGCUCCGGCGGCAAAACAGCAGCCCCAACCUAGCCCUCCACAGCCCCCUAGCCGGCCCCGAGGUGGUGAAGACCUCCUACACAACAGACCACAUUGCAGGGGGGAGGGCGGGUUCUCCGUCUGAGCCCCCCAGGCCUCUGACGGGGCGCCUCCACAUCCCUACGUUUGAGGAGUUCAAGAGGAUGAGGCAGAUGGAUGGUGGCCAGGACCCGGAGUCCACAGCCGGCUCCUUGAGAUCUGGACCCUCAGACCGUGAGGCUCCUCCUCCCGGCGGAGGAGGCGGGAUGAGGCCAGAGGACUCGAAGGAGGCGCGGGGUCCUGCCUCCGUGACCGCCCACACCCCCAUCUGCACAAGCCCAUCCCCCCGCUCGCCCCUGCAGACGCUGGCCUCCUCGGCCCCGGGGGGAUCCCUCGCCGCAGGGAGAGCAGCAGAGCGGGAGUCCUCCUGCGGCAGCAGGAGAAGGAGGAGCAGCCUGGGACCUGCCGGGUCGGUGCCCUUCCCUCCCUGCAGGGAGAACCACGGCCGGCCCUCCAGCUGCUGCCCGGCUCUCCUCCUGGACGGGACGGACCUGUCCAGCUACGGAGCCAAGAUCUACAAGAUGAAGGAGGGGCUCAUAGGCUCCGCCCUCGGCCUCAUCAAGAAGAGACCUAAAAAAUGCGUCCGGCAACGCAACCGUCCGACUGACACGUGUCCCCUGCUCCCGUUGCCCCCCCCCCUGCAGCAGGCCGGUCGGGGCUGCCGGCGCUCCAGCUCGGACGCCGCCUACGAGCUGGCGGAGACGGUGAGGGCGCAGCGCGAGUGCCGCCUGCGGCCUCACCACAGCGACCCGAUGCCGGCCGACGCCUCCAAGCGCAAACAACUAGAAAUGAAGAUCGCCGCCGCCGCACGACUGCACGGCCACCGGCGAGACCGGGACCGGGACAGCGCUCCGGCGGCCCUUCGCGGUCGCUCUGAACCACCCGGCGAGGAGCGCCAUGCGGGUUUGGGCGCCACGCGGCCCGGGCAGCACCGCUGGAGCACCAUCAGCAGUCUGAGCGUGGACAGCGGCGUGGUGGGCCUCAGCGACGAGCGGGAGGAGGAAGACCACGAGCCCCGCCGGUGCCGCCGGAACCGGGCAGCCGAGGUGGAGCGCGUGGACAGCGGCAUCGGCCGCGGCGUGUCCCGGACCUGGAAGAGACCGUCGGCCUGCCUGCGAGCCUGGGAGGCCCAGAGACCCUGUCCCGACUGCGGACUCAGGGACGGGGCCUCCAAGGAGCGAGGGGAGCGCAUGUGCGAGCGCUGCUCCAAGCUGCGCACCGAGCGCAAAGAGGCCAUCCUGGAGUUCAUGAACACAGAGUUGAGCUACGGCGAGGACCUGCGGAUCAUCCGGGAGGAGUUCUACUGCCCCAUGCAGAGCGCCGGCCUGCUGAGCGCGGAGCAGCUCGUCGUGGUCUUCGGGAACGUUCAGGAGCUCAUUCAAGUCAACGACCGCUUCACUGAACAUCUGCAGGACAGCAUCGACCAGGCUUUUGACCAUGGAGACCACAACCUACUCACGGUCUACAUAGGAGAGAUCUUUCUGGAGUUCGUCAACAUGCUGCCGGCCUUCCAGACCUACUGCCUGCAACAGUCCACCUCUGUCAACAUGCUCAACACGCUGGAGAAGGAGAAGGAGCUGCUCAGAAUCUUCCUGGAUGUUUCCCAGAACGACAACACAGCGCUGCGGCGCAUGAACUUACGCUCCUUCCUCAUGGCGCCCCUCCAGCGAGUCACCAAGUACCCGCUCCUGCUGAGCCGCAUCAUCAAGGUCACCGCCGAGUGCCACCCGGACCACGGGCGUCUCCGCGAGGCCAAAAGUCGGGUGGAAUCCCACCUGGAGCACAUCAACAUGAAGACCAAGCAGGAGGGCAACGGAGUCACUUGGUCCCUCCGAUCGUUCCGGCGCGACAGCCGCAAGAACAGAGAGGUCAUCAACAUCGAGAUGCGAGAGGUGUCGAUGAAGACGGUGGGCUGGGCGAGGGAGAACACGCGCUUCGUCAUGGAGGGGCCGCUCCAGUUGUCCCAGCCGGCGGACGGUCAGUGGGUGAAGAAGGGCAGCAAGGCCCUAAAAUUCCAAAACGUCCAGAGUCUGCUGAUGGUGAGAAUACGGCCGCCCGGCGACGCCCCAGAGCCGGGCGGCGAUGCGGCGGUGGCGCGGGGGGGCGGAGCUGGCGGCAGCGUUUGGGACGGAGUGCUGGUCCUGAUCAAGGACAAGAGCAGCGGGAAGUUCGCCGUGCUCCGGGAGCCCAUUCGCCUGGGGAACUGCGUGGUGUCCACGGACCCGGACUGCGAGGACACGUUUGAAGUGCUCGACAUCCGGCGGGAGUCUUUUGUUUUCCGCUCCUCGGACAAAUGCCGCACGCAGCAGUGGUUCCACCAGGUCAAGAAGUACACGCGGAACCUGGGAACCUGGAGGAAAAGACGCAACGCUUUGCCCAACAUCAUGAUCAACACAAACCAGACCCGCUCCUGAGGCGCCAUCUUGUUGCCCUGUAAGAAAACAACGGGACCAAACGGACACGGAGACGCGCUUCUGAGCGCCGUCGCAGCAGUCAGAGCCGCGGCCAAUUCACAGAGGAGUAGAAAGGAAAAGUUAACAAGGAAUAAAAGAUAUUUCUGUCGCAUCAAAGUAGCAUUAAAGCACAGCGGAAUCUACAAGCUAGCUAACUGGCUAGCUUUGUGCUAGUUAGUUGGCUAGGUCAAUGUAGCAUCAAAGCAUUGUACAGUCCGCAAGCUAGUUAGCUAACUCGCCAGCCGCUGAAUUAGUAAGUUACCAUUUUAACAUCUCAAUGCUUCAUCUGUCGUCACAGCGUAGGAAAGAUCUGCACAUUAGCCAUUGCUAUUGCUGUAGCAUGAUAGCUAUGAAUGAACCAAAGGACAAGCCGGGGUUUGGCGUGCUAGUUAGUAAACUAGCCUGCUGACUCCAACGUGCUUUAAUGCUACGCUCGUAGCCCGGCGCCAUUAUGGUCUAACGUUUCACUACCAACAAGUUAACGUCUACGCUGACACACGUCUUCACCAUGACGACUAACGACAAUCGCCGUCAUCUUUUGUGGCGCUCAAAUGACAACGAAAAACCAUUUUAUCUACUCCAAUUCCGUUUCUAUGAUUUAAUAAUUUUAGCAACAACAAUCUUUUUCCUCGUCAUUUUUUUGUACAAAGCCACGAGCGUUAUUUACGAAGACCGAAGUUGUUAAAAGGAAACGUCGCAUUCCUGGACAAGCAAACAAUAAAAGCACUUGGGCUGAGCAAGUCGGCCUUGAUUGUAGAGGACGUCUUCUGCCGGAGGAGCGUCCAAGGAAAUCAAAGCCUGACGGGAGAGUGUUGUCAUUUGUUCUAUAGGGAGGCAGGGGGGCGGUUUGGUCGCUCCGGUCGCCGGCGGUACGACAACCUUCCCUCCCCGCGGUCGACUUCCUGCAUCCGUUUUAAAAUGAGAAACCCAAGUGUGUUCAAUCAAUUAGCUAAAUGCUUGUUUCAAUCAACAAACCUACGUCUAUAAUAAAGAAAUAAAUCAGGUAACAAACGUUGUCACAUGACCCCCCCCGUACCCAUAAAACAAUAAAACAUGAUAUCUGUCCAUCUGGUGGUGUUUUAACCUUUAAAGGUUGAAGAACUCCGUAUCGUGACCUCUAGCAGAGACGUCACUCAGCGAGUCAUGUGACUGUUGUGCCUUGGUACUCGAUUACUGUUGCGAUGUAACCGUAGCAACGAUUGUCAUGACGACCGACUCACUUGCUUCAGAUGGACUCACAGGCAAUAUAAUUAUAUUACUUUGUGUGUUUUUAUUAUUUAUGACGUUUUUUAUUUUGUAUUUAAUGCACUUUAUUAUUGUCCCGUCGAGCUGCCGGUAAAACUGAACUCUUCUCACUGGGACGAUCUAAAUGAAACCAAAACUGUUUUCUGUUAAGAGAAGAAGGAUCACUGUGUCUCCAUGACAAGAAAAUACCAAGCCUGCUGAGCAGCAGACGCUUGUUUUUUCCCUCAUUUGCAUUUUUUAAGACUUGAUGUAUUGCCGCCCCCCCUUCCACCAUGUAAUAUAGUGUGAUUACAUUAAAAAGAUUUUAAACUAC